AUGUCAGGCGCAACUGCAAAGGGCAAGAAGCAGGCGAACAAGAACGCCUAUCGCCGGGCAAAGAAGAAGCAACAGCGCUCUGAGACCCCAUCGGAAGCCGGUGACUCUGCGCGUGAGAGCGAAUCUCCCGCACCACAAAGCGACAGCAAUAACGAAGCACAGGCGGUCAAGCCCGCGAACCUUCUCACCGUUGACGAUAUCGCAAACCAAUACGACCUUGACGACCCCGUGUUUGAAGAAUACAAGAGCGUAUUCGAAAAGUUCAGGGAGCCGACAGAGGAGGAGGCGGCGACCAAGGACGAGGAGAAGCCAGAAAUCUAUCUCUCCGACGACGACAUCCCUGACGAGGACGAGGACGAUGGGAAGCCCAAGCUUUCCAAGAAGCAGAGGAAGCAGAUGAACAAGUUGUCGGUCGCACAACUCAAGUCGUUGGUUCCCAGGCCUGAGUUGGUCGAGUGGACGGAUGUGUCAUCUUCCAAUCCCCAGUUGCUAAUCUCGAUCAAGGGAGCGAAGAAUGUCAUACCAGUUCCGACCCACUGGUCGCUCAAACGCGAAUAUCUCUCGUCGAAACGUGGUAUCGAGAAGCCUCCGUUUGCCCUGCCCAAGUUUAUCCAGGAGACAGGCAUUGCAGAGAUGCGAGAUGCGGUUUUAGAGAAGCAAGCAGACAUGACGAUGAGGCAAAAGCAGCGAGAACGCGUGCAAGGAAAGCUCGGCAAGCUCGAUAUCGACUACGCGAAACUAUACGAUGCCUUCUUCAGGCGACAAACGAAGCCAGAGUUGACGCGAUAUGGCGAAGUCUACUACGAGGGCAAGGAGUUCGAGACCAAUCUGGUGAACCUCAAGCCUGGUGAGCUGAGUGAGGAGCUCCGAGAGGCACUCGGAAUGGCUCCAGGCCAUCCGCCACCUUGGCUCAUCAACAUGCAGCGCUUCGGCCCUCCGCCAUCCUACCCCAACAUGCGCGUCCCUGGUGUAAACGCACCUAUCCCACCUGGCUCUUCUUGGGGUUUCCAGCCUGGCCAGUGGGGCAAACCCCCUAUCGACGAUGCUGGUAAGCCACAGUUUGGAGGCGAUCUUUACGGGACAGCCAUAUUGGAAGAGCAGCAGCAACCAACACACGUCGGUGAGCCUGUAGAGCGCGGUAUCUGGGGAGCACUACGAGCCGAGGGCGAGAGCGAAGACGAGGAAAGUGACGAAGAAGAGGAGGAUGAGGACGAGGACGAGGAGGGGGGUGACGAAGACGCGUCUGGUAUUCAGACAUCCAUGACAACAGCAUCCGCCAUGCCAUCAGAGAUUGGAGGUGCAGAGAGUAUCGGUGGAGAAUUCCAGCUCCGAAAGCAGCGGAAAGGAAUCGAGACGGAAGAGCCGGGCAUCCCACGCAGCGCAGGUACAGUGCUUCCCGAAAAGAAUAUUUCGGCGACUGGGUUUUUCGGCGGCGAGCACGCUUAUGAUCUUGACGCAGCUAGGCGCGAUGCGCUCGGCAACGCACAGAGGAAGCGCAAGGCUGGGGACAUUGACGUCUCUGUCGACGUUGAUCAGUUGGCAGAUAGCGAUAAGCUUGACAAGGACGCGCUAAAGAAAGAGUAUGAGUCAAGGCAAAGAGCCGAAGCACAAGGGCAAUGGCAGAGUAUCGAUCAAGAUGACUUGGCGGACAUGAUCAAUCAGGAGAGCAGGAAGCGUGCGAAGAGGGAGGAUGAGCGAAAGACCAAGCGCUAG